AUGCCGAGUGCUUUGUUGUGGGCUGCAUUAGUGUUGUUUUUACGGAAGAAAGAUGGGUCAUUGUGCAUAUGUGUAGACUACUGGCAGCUUAAUAAGAUUGAUUUGUUUUCAGGGUACCAUCAAGUGCGGGUUUGGGAGACUGAUAUUCCAAAGACAACCUUUAGGACCAGAUAUGGACAUUUUGAGUUUGUUGUGAUGUAUUUUGGAUUGACAAAUGCUCCAACAGUAAUUAUGGACCUGAUGAACAACAUAUUUAGGCCAUUCUUAGACUUAUUUGUCAUUGUGUUUAUUGAUGAUAUUCUCGUAUAUUCAAAAUCAGAGUUGGAUCAUAGAGACCAUCUUCGAGCAGUGCUUCAGCUAAGGGAGGCGAAGGUGGAAGGGUUUGUGAAUUUGAAGUGGGAAUGGUUCAACGCGAAGGAGUAUAGCCUUAAAUUCGCCCAACUAUCUCAAUAUGCUUUGGAGAUGGUUCCGAAUAAAAGAUCUAGGAUGACAAAAUUAGUCUCUAUAUUGGGAAAACAUGUGAAGAAGGAAUUCAAGGCCUCACUUUUGAUUUCUGACAUGAACAUUUCUAGGCUCAUGAUGUAUGCUCAACUGGUUGAAGAAGAUGAAAAGAGGGAUAAGGAAGAGCACCUGAAUAAGAGGGCAAAAUUAGUAGGUCAUGAGCUCAGUCAGCAAGCGAGUGGUAAUGGUAAUAAAGGAGUGGUAAUGGUAAUAGAUCUUUCUUCCAAAAAGGGACAUCCAGGCAUGCACCAUCAUCAGUAA